AACCCUCAAACCUCUCCCAAAAAAUUCUCAUCAAAGACUUCUCUUUGCGUUACCAAGAAAGAGAAGGCAAAGUAAGCUGAGAAUGGCACAAGAUACGUUGAAGCUUGUUUCCCCAUGCAUCGACCACGAGGGCCGGCUCCCCCGGAAGUACACCCGCGACGGCCAGGGCGCCCGGAAGGACAUCUCGCCGCCGGUGGAGUGGUACGGGGUUCCGGAGGGGACCAAAUCUCUGGCCCUCGUGGUCGAGGACGUGGACGCCCCCGACCCCUCGGGCCCCAUCGUCCCUUGGACCCACUGGGUGGUGGUCAACAUCCCUCCCUCCGUGAAGGGCCUUCCUGAGGGCUUCUCCGGCAAGGAGGAGGAAGUCGGCGGCGACUACGCCGGCAUCAAGGAAGGCACCAACGACUUCAAGCUCCCCGGGUGGCGUGGUUCCAAGCCACCCUCGGCCGGCCACCAUUUCCGGUUCAAGCUCUAUGCCCUCGACGACCUGGUCCAUCUCGGCAACAAGGUAACGAAGGAUAAGCUGUUGGAUUCAAUUGAAGGACGUGUGUUAGGAGAGGCAGAACUGGUGGCCAUCUAUUAAAUCCGCUGAAAGAAACCUUCUGGUCUUUUCCUUAUUUAAAGCUUGAUGUGUUCUUUUCUCUCUCUUUUUUUGGUGUCUACCAUCCCCCUCUUCUGUUAUGCUGAACAUGUGCUAAUUUAAUAAGGCAUGCUUUGAUCGCAAUGUGUUAUAUAUUGAUCCAUUUGCAGUUAUUCCAGACUUUUAGAC